AUGGCAUUGCGUUCCCCUAUCAGUAUCACCCUAAUCAUCUUCAUACUUUCUUGCUUCCUCGCUCUUCGUGUCUCUGCAAUUCAAAUUAUCUCUAAAUCGAAGCUCGAGAAAUGUGAGAAGAACUCCAACUCCGACAAUGUCAAUUGCACUACCAAAAUCAUAGUUAACAGGGCUGUUUCGAGUGGCUCGGUAAAUUACAAAGCACGCUACACAGUUUGUACGCGUUUUUGUUUCUUGAUGUUCUUUUGUGAUUGCGCAGAGUGGAGGAGAGGCGUCUAUUGUAGCCGAAUUGGUGGAAGUGGAGGAAAAUUCAACCAGGAAAAUGCAGACAUUGCGGAUUCCACCAGUGAUAACGGUCAACAAAACUUCUGCAUAUGCGUUCAGGAUGUUCCUUAUAAACCUGAAGAGUAUUAUGUUGAGACACGCAAGUGUGAGCCAGAUGAUGGUGCAAAUGUCGUGAAGAUAUGCGAGAGGCAAGCCAUACUGCGAGACGAAGAGGGUCAUAUUAUUGAGAACACUCAGGAAGUGGUUGUGGCUCCUGAAAACAGAACAGUGAUAUCUGAUGAUAAAUUUUUGAGGGUUUAUCUUAUAGGAGAUUUUGUUGGGUAUACAAAUAUACCAUCUUUUGAAGAUUUCUAUCUAGUUGUACCAAGGAAGGGCAACCCUGGUCAACCACAGGAUUUGGGGAGAAACAUUUCUAUGUGGAUGCUGCUUGAAAGAGCUGACUUAAAUAGAAUAAGUAGGAAUCAGGUGCCGCUCUAUGGUUUGGAAGGAAGGUUUGAAAGGAUAAACCAACAUCCAAGUGCUGGGAGUUAUUCGUUCUCCAUAGGAAUUACAGAGGUUCUUAAUACAAACCUUGUGCUAGAAUUAAGUGCGAAUGAUUUUAAUUGCUCGAAGGAUAUCACCCUAAUGGAGGAGCAGUUUUUAAUAAUGAAGCCAAAUGAGAUUACUGACUCUGAUUAUAAUGAAGUUGAUAGAGCUGAAUGUCAAUUUGCUACUACGGCAACUGUUCUUGACAAUGGCACACAGGGUAUGCCUUUCAAACCACCAGAGACUAGUCUAAAUGGUUUCUUUGAUUCUAUUGAAAGCAUAUGGAAUAAACUUUGGACCAGCUUAACAGAAUUUAUCACUGGAAAAACUUUGCUUGUACUAUUGUGGCUUUUGCACCAGAAAGGUCUAUUUGAUCCUCUUUAUGACUGGUGGGACGAUCUCGUAGAAGCUGAUGAACAGAUCGUCAUGGAUAAAUGUAAAAUCACAAUUGACAACGGACAUCACCAUAUUUAUGAUAACAAGCAUCAUAAGCAAGAGUUUAGGCAACCUAACUAUAGUGCUCAACAUAGGCGAAGGACCAAAAUGCACAAACAUUCCGGAAGUAAUCCUGAUUAUUUUGAUGAUUUAGAACAUGCUCGUAAAGAAAUGCACAAGCAUGGACAUAAGAAAAAGAAUAUGGAUAAUCUGCAGCAUAUUGCUGACCAUCCUGCACACCACACACAGAGAAAGAAAUGGGAUAGUUCAAAGGGACAACAUAAAGAGACGAAGUUAAAGCAUGAUAAAGUGAGGCAAGAAAAUCAUGGCAAACACAAACAAGUUCUGCUAGAUGAGCCAGAGGAUGAGUAG